AUGGAGGAAGGCAACGGAAAACCACCUUCAUUAUUCGUUCCAAGGCGUUCACCAAUACGUCAACUUGUCAUGAAUAUACAGAAUCAAGUUGUAUGCGACAACGACGUGAACGGGACUUCUCUAAAUGAGGGUUUCGCGUCCGGCAAGGGAGGUAGUAAGGCCUCUUGGGUCGUCAUCAAACGAAAUCCUUAUGGUAUGUUGAAAAUUGGUAUGUGGAAUGUAAGAACAUUGGCAAGAUCAGGAAACUUGGAAAACGUAAAGAGGGAGAUGGAGAGAUAUAAAGUCAACAUCUUGGAUAUGACAGAAGUAAGAUGGAAGGAGAAAGGUGAUAUGAUGAGUGGUGAUUUUCUGAUGAUAUAUUCAGGGGGACAAGAGAGACAACGUGGUGUAGCGUUGCUACUUGACAAACAGUCCAGCCAAGCGGUAGUGGAGGUUGAUUGCAUCAAUGACAGGUUGAUGGUGGUGCGGUUGUGUGGAACACCUGUAAAUCUAGUGGUGAUGGUUAUAUACAUGCCAACCAGCAAUCAUAGUAUGACAAAAUUGAAGAAAAUUGAAGAAAAUUUAAGAAAAAUUAUCUACAUGUAG